UCAUAAAGAACGCGCAGAAGGGCCAUGGGUCAAAUUACAAUCAGAACCAUCACUUUUCACCUCUUUGAUGUAUAACUUAGGAGUUAAGGGAGCAAAAGCAACUGAAGUGUUUGUUCUUGAUCAACAAGAUAAUUUCGAUGACCUUGGAGAAAUAUAUGGAUUAGUAUUUCUUUUUAAAAUGAUAGGUGAUGUAUCAGGUGACGUAAAAGGUUUGCAUAGAGAUGCCAAGUAUGAACCUAUUGACGAACUUCCAAAGAAUGUAUAUUUUGCAAAUCAAGCGCGUGGGUUUGCAAUUACAAAUCACCCAAAUUUUCGUCAAAUUCAUAAUUCGAUGUCCAGGCGAGUGAUACAUCCUGAAGAAGCAUUGGUCGUUGAAGAAGCGGUGACCACGAAAAAAGGAAGAAGGAAGAAAAUAAUUGAUGAGGUCGUCGGUGAAGCCUAUCAUUAUAUUGCCUACGUUCCUGUAGAUGGUGAAGCAUGGCAAUUAGAUGGUUUAUAUCCGCAUCCUGUUAGUUUAGGAAAGUAUUCGAAUGAAAAAAGAUGGUAUGAAGCUGCUCGUGGCGAAAUAAAUGAACGUAUUAAUGGAUUUUUUGUAGAACAAAUAGAUUAUGUUCUUUUAGCAAUAACUAAAGACGAAUUAGGUAUUCAUCAAGACAGAAUCAAAGAUUGUAUGUACAUCAAAGGACUUGCAGAAAAUAGACUGGAUAAGCUCAGUAGUUCUUGGAGAGAAGUUGAUAGUAAAGACAUCGAUUUGUUUUUUACCGAUGAAGAUGGAAUAAGGGUUAUAAGCAGAGGAAAUUAUGUAGCUGACUUUGAAAUUUUAACAUCGUGCCAUGAUAAUAUUGAAAAGAUCAAAGAAUUACGAACGAAGAUGGUUAAUACAAUUCAAUUUUUGCUUGAAGAAAUUGAAAUAGAAAAAAAACGGAAAGAAGUCGAGAAAGAACGAAGAACAUUUGACUAUGGCCCAUUCUUUCGUGAGUUCAUCUCAAUCCUUCAUGAACGAGGCGAAUUGAAAGGAUUACUUGAUGCAGCAGAGGAUAUGGACGAAAGAGAUGAAUACAUAUAA